CUCUGAUUGAGAUCAAGUCUCAGACUCUCAGACUCAGAGACGAACAAUACAGGUGCUGCGCACCGCUUAUUUUAAUGUGGUCAACGGCUCUCUAUGUGCAAUUGUUAAUGUUUGACGAAGACAAAUCCUUGGUCUAUCAAUGGUAAAGUACACCUUAAUGUGCCUUUUUGACACACAGUUAGCAGACACAAUUGAUUGAUGAUGCCCGGCAACAAUAUGACGAAGGCAAAAGUUGACGCAAUAGCAGCUAGUAUAUUAUCGGGCAGGAUACGAAAUAUCAUGAUAUUAUCUGGAGCCGGGGUGAGCACUGCAUCCGGCAUCCCAGACUUCAGAAGUGUGGGUGGAAUGUACGACACCCUCAAGCCCAACCUACUGACAGCCACCGAAGAGCAGAGACAAGCGAUGAGAAUUGACCCGAUACACGUGGUGAGCUUAGACUUGUUCCGGGAAACACAGCUGCCAUACCUAGAACUGCGUCGACCAUUCAUACUGGGUCUAGGGGGCAACCAAUGGAGACCCACAUUGAUGCAUUUCCUGUCCGAUGUGCUGCACAAGAAAGGGCUGCUGACGCGCGUGUAUACACAAAAUAUUGAUGGACUAGACUUCAAGACCAGUGUGCCGCCCAAGAAGAUCAUCCCGGUGCACGGGUCUCUGAUGGUUAUCAAAUGCGAAAGCUGCAAAACCGAAAUGGACAGUGCCAAAUUCCGUGAGUUGACACGGACUCAUAUCAAAGACAUAUACAAUAGUGGUGAUGACUUGGCCCCGAAAAAAUCGAGCCCUAUACCUUGUCCGUCUUGCGGAAAGCCGUAUAUGAAACCCGACACAGUACUAUACGGGAGCAGUUUGCCGCGCGAGUUCUUCAUGCACUGGGAGCUAGAUGCACAGUCGAGUGAUCUACUCAUCAUUGCUGGCACGAGUCUGACAGUUGGUCCAGCAAAUCGGUUACCAGGGCUUAUACGAAACAGCGUGCCCCGCUUAGUGCUGAACAAUGAAGAGGUGGGCAUGGGUCUGGGUCUCAACUAUGCGCCAAACUCGACCGAUACCCUUCUGAAAGGAUCGUGUGAUAGUGGGUGUAUAGCUCUUCUGCAAGCGCUGGGCUGGUUGGAGAAUAUGGCCGUGUACGAGUCGGAAUUAUGCGACGAAAGUGCCAAGCUGUUGCGCAGCCACUUGAAUGCUGAAGUGAGAUGAAGUUUAUAAUUUAUAAAGUUUUUAUUUCACCA